AGGCGUGGCUGUAGCUUGCUAGAAAAUUCAAAUCAAAAGACCCUUAAAUCAUAAUAAUCUACCCUUUUUACAACCACGUGUCUGACAACAAGAACAGAAAUUGUUGUAUGAAGUCCACUUGGAUUGGAAUUUCAGAAACGCUUGACUGACCUACGAAUCAACUACGCGCAGAAGCAAAGACUUGUGCACCUGAAGUUGACCACUCCUUGUCCCGUUCUCCUCUCCUGUCCACUUUCCACCUUCAACCUGUGGAGUUGCUUCUUUCUGCAGUCGCAUCUGAUCUCCUCGGCAGAGCCCUCUCCAAAGUCUCCAUCGUGAUCCAGAGGUGCAGACGGUUUUAGGCAGAAGAGUCAGCAGCACAAGCUCCAGCAGCAGCCAGUUACAUUUGCAUUUCGCUGCUUUUCUUUUCAACGUUGCAGGCAGACAUGAGCAGAAGCAAAGACUUGUGCAUAUGAAGUUAACCGCUCAUUGCCCCGUUCUCUGUUCUAUUCUCCAUUGUACCCACCACCAAAUCUUCUCUCGUGGUGUCUAGCAAUGGAGCCCCUUCUCUCCGCGAUCAUAAGCGAUCUCCUGAGCAGAGCACUAUCCAUGCUGAUACAGAGGUAUAGGCGAUCCAAGGCAGAAGAGACAGAGCACAAGCUCCAGCGGCUGCAGCGCGUGCUGCUCCGGGUUGAUGCCAUGGUGGAGGAGGCCGAGGAGCGGCACAUCACCAACCAGGCGAUGCUCCGGCAGCUUGACAUGCUCAGGCAAGGCAUGUACGGCGGCCACUGCAUGCUAGAUACCUUCAGGUACAGAGUCCAUGGACAUGGAGACGACGACGAGGUGAGUGGCGACGGCGAUGUUGUCUUGUCUCGAUUUAGUUCAGCCAAGCGUUUCCUCUCCUUCCCCGGAAGCAGCAGCAAGGAGCAGAGCACCGUGAUUGACGCUGAAAACCUGAAGAACCUGGAGAAGAUGCUCGACGGCCUCGAGACGCUGAUGGGCGACAUGGUGGAGUUCGCCGUGUUCUUGGAGGGAUACCCUCGCAUCUGCCGGCAGCCGUACAGCGAAUACCUGGUCCUCGACAGGGUCAUGUUCGGAAGGCAGAUGGAGAAGGAGACGGUCAUCAAUUUCCUGCUCCGGCCAGAAGCUACGGGCGACGGAAAUCCAGGGGUGCUUCGAAUCGUCGGCGCGGCGAGGGUCGGCAAGAGCACCCUCGUUGAGCACGUCUGCCUCGACGAAAGGGUGCGUGGUUAUUUCUCCUCCAUCGUCUUCUUCACCGGAGACGAUCUUGGUGCUGACAACAUGGCUGCUCUGGGACGAAGUGGUGUGAUCAAGCAUCAGGAUCUUACUGCCUCCUCCUCGUGUGGGAGAUCACUUGUUGUCAUUGAGCUAACCGGGGCCAUGGAAGAGGAGACAUGGAGGAAUUUGUACUGCUCUGCUGCAAGAAGCAUGGGGAACGGGGACAAGAUCAUAAUCACAAGCCGGUCAGAGAAGAUAGCAGCUCUUGGCACAACGCAAGCUCUCAGACUGAAGCUUCUACCUCAAGAAGCUUACUGGUACUUCUUCAAGGUGCUCGCGUUCGGGAGCGCAAACCCUGACGAUCACCCGAAGCUCGCUUCGCUAGGCAUGGAGAUUGCAACGCUGAUGAACGGUUCGUUCUUGGGAGCAAACAUAGUGGGAAGUUUGAUAAGGGCCAACCUGAACGUUCAGUUCUGGCGCAGGGUGCUUCAUUGCGUGAGAGAUUUCUUAAGCAAGCACCUUCUCACAUUCGGUAUGGACCCGACAGAUCUUUUGGAGAAUGGAUAUCCAUUGUAUGCUUGGAGUAUGGCCAGGAGCCGAAAUGUCGUUGUGAUCCACAAAAUUUAUCAGAAGCGUACUACCCAGAAUGGUGUCCCGAAGCUCACAGCACAUGACAUCAUAGCAGGGCGUGCCACACAUAAGGGGAAGUUCAGAGCAGUUGGAUGGAGGUCCAGCGUACCUCCUUACUACACCUACGUGUUCAAUUGUGUGUCACAAACGGCCGGAUGCUCCACGGCCAGAAAGAAGCGCCCUCGGCAGGUGGUGGUUUGAUAGUCCUAUACCCAUGUGUAAUACUCAGCUGUAUGUAAACUAGCACGGUGAUCUCUUCAAAUAGCACGGUGACCAAGUAUAGGCUAACAUUUAUGUAAUUAUCACCUAUCUAUAAAAAUUGAACCUAUCAAGUGUAUGAUACAUGCUGGAAAAAUAUACG